AUGUUCCUCGUCACAAUAUCAAAUUUUCUCGCAAACACGAAGAUAUUCAAGAAUACAGAAGUUGUAUUCUCGACUCUCAGUGAAGUGGGAGGAAAGUCACAGUUGGUGAUCAGUCACCCAUUGCUGACUCCAGGCACAACUUGCCUCCAAGGUGAACAAAUAGUUACCUCACUGUGUCAGGAUAGCCCGGCUAUUUAUGGCGCGGCCAUUUUCUUUGACUCCCAGUUGAUAAAAGAAAGUGGACUCGAAAAUGACGUCAGCGCAUGGUGCUUAUUCAACUCAACACCAGCACAUCCUAUCCCACAAGAAUGGAUAGAGAAUAGGAACGAGAGAAGAAAUCUCCCACUACAGUACAUGGAGCGAGUUUUUACUAGCAUAUCCCAGCAAGCAGCUUUAUUCAGAUUCAGUAUAAUAAAAACACUCGUGUUAAAAAAGAGGUGA